AACAAGACAUCAUCCAACUGGAAGAAAGCUCUCCUGGGAAACAGUAAGCUUCCACAUCACUCAACCUCUCAUCUCCCCUUCCUCUCUCUCUCUCUCUCUCUCUCUCUCCCUCUCUCUCUCUCUCUCUCUCUCUCUCGCUUGUUGCCUGUUCAGGUGCCUCGGGACCAUGGCGCUCCAAGUUUCCUAGUCCUUCCUCACCCUUGGAUCGUGUAGGUAAAUUCCAUGUUGAAAGCGUUCUUGAUGUGCUGCUGCUUUGGGGAGAUCGAAUUGGCUAGAUUGUGUCGAUUCUCAGGAGGAGAACUGAUCGGUCAAGUAGAUCAUCGAAUUAUGACGAAGCCGAGUGUAAUUGGACUGGGGAGGAUCACUGGAGAAGAAGAAGAAAGAAGAAGAAGCUGCCCCCAUGAACUUGAUACCCAACGCCGAUAGCCCCCACCCCAACACCAGCGGUGCCACCUCAAUGGCUGCCACCAGUACCGGUGUAGCUGCCUCCUCCUCCUCCUCCUCCUCCUCCUCCUCCAUCGCUCCUUCCUUAAGCCGCUACGAGUCACAAAAGCGACGCGACUGGAACACGUUCGGGCAGUACCUCAGGAACCACCGCCCGCCGCUCUCGCUCUCUCAGUGCAGCAGCUCCCAUGUGCUGGAGUUCCUUCGCUACCUGGACCAGUUCGGCAAGACCAAAAUCCACACCCACUUGUGCCCCUUCUUUGGCAACUCCAACCCCCCCGCGCCGUGUCCCUGCCCUCUCCGUCAAGCCUGGGGCAGCCUCGACGCCCUCAUCGGCCGCCUUCGUGCCGCCUACGAGGAGAACGGAGGCAAGCCUGAGUCCAACCCGUUCGGUGCCCGCGCCAUCCGUCUCUACCUCCGCGAGGUCCGCGAGGUCCAAUCAAAGGCACGCGGCAUCAGCUACGAGAAGAAGAAGCGCAAGAAACAACAACUACUCCAACAACAACAACAACAACAGCAGCAACAACAACAACAACAACACGAUCAGCAUCACCCCCCACCACCCCCGGCCGCAGCCUGACGUCCGACCUGCGAUUGCCGAGCAUGCCAUUAAUGCUUGUGUUGCCACACCAGAUAUGCAUUAGAUCCUCCUCCUUGCUUUGAUCGGUAUGGUGUUUUCUAUUAGGUUAUCACUGUCAUCCAGUCUGUGUGAUCUCUUUCCUGUUUGCCGAUUGAACAUAUGAACGACUUGCCGAUAAAUAUUACAGCUUCAUAAGGUGUAGGUUUUCCCUAAUAUGAAUGUGCAGUAGAAACAUCAAGUGGUAGUGUUAUCAAUAGGACGUGCAUCAUUGCGAAAAGAAAGGAAAGAAUGUACGUGAGACGCGA